GCCUUGUGGCUCGAAAUGUUCUUAAUGUAAAUAAUCCAGUAAUUAAUGUUCACAUAUCAGCUGAUUCACACUAUACAAUAAUUCUAUAUCUGGGAGGAGAAAACUAUGAAAUGUUACAAAAAGUAAUGGAAUCGAUGAUCAGUGAAUUACAUAAUUUGAUAACUAAUGGAUUAGAUUCCAAUGGAAUAAAAUGGAAAAUUAAACUAUAUUUUAGUAGUGAUUGGAAAUUUAUGGCUAUAAUGUUAGGAUUUAAUGCACCAAAUGCUACCUAUUUUUAUAAGAUGUAUAAGAUCGAAAAAAAUAUGAAUCAACUUAAGUCAGAAUUUUUUAACAAUCGUACUUCACAAACUUUAAAUCUACCAUUACCUGGACAUCUUAAAGUUUCUCUUCUUCCUAUGAUUUCUCUGAAUCAUUAUGUACCUGAUGAACUACAUAUAAUGUUGAGAAUCUGGAAUCGCCUUUGGGAAUUAGUAAUUCAAGAAUUAAAAUCGGAAAAUAGAUUUGAUAAUCAUGUUAGAGCAAUUAUCAAUAUAGAAAUGCAAAGGAUUUCAGUUGGUUUCCAUUUCUGGCAAGAUUAUGCGCAAAGUUGGCAUUAUACAUCUUUGAUGGGAGAUGAUAAAGAAAAGGUAUUAUGUGAUUUUAAUUUUGUCAUUUUUGAUGAAGAAUGA